CUUUUUUUUAACCUCUUUCUCUCUUUAAUCCCUCUGUUAGUCCUUCAUAUCGCUCAUGUUGCCCCACUGUUUAGAAGAAGAGAAAAAAUCAGAACAAGAAGAAGAACAACGACAUCAGCAACAGCCAAAGCAGAAAAACAUGGGUAGAGGCAAAAUUGAGAUCAAAAAGAUUGAAAAUCUCAAUAGCCGCCAAGUCACCUUCUCUAAACGCCGUGGUGGGUUAAUCAAGAAAGCAAACGAACUCUCAGUUCUUUGUGAUGCAGAGGUUGCUGUCAUUAUUUUCUCUAGUACUGGAAAACUCUAUGAAUUCGCUAGCAACAGGUUUGGAUUUGAACACCGAAUGAUAGGCCCAAGGAGGAGCGAAAAAAUAUCUUUGGCCCAAGCCCAAAACCCAAAAAAAAAAAUCGGUUUUUGCAUGGAACACACUCUUUCAAGAUACACAAGAGGGAUGCAAGUGGAUGGUACUUUGGAGCAUCCAGAGCGUCGUCCUGACCAUAGGGAUACAGUAGAGAGACCGCAACAACACGGUAAUGGCAAUGCACUAGAGGAUGAAGUAGCUAAGCUACGCUUGGCAUGCAGGCAGAUGAUGGGUAAAGAGCUAGAUUUAUUGACCUUUAGUGAGUUACAGCAACUAGAGGACCAAUUGAGCGAAGGAAUUUUGUCUGUUAAGAACAGAAAGGAGCAGGUUCUUUUGGAACAGGUUAGGAGGUCCAGAUUACAGGAGCAGAAAACCAUGCUAGAGAAUGAGAAUUUGUGGAAAGAGCUUGAAAACAUGCGGCAGAAUUAUAUAUCACCUACCCUUAAUUCAUUUGCUUCGGGAAGGAGAUUUUUGCAAGCGGACCCUAAGCCAGCUGUUUCGUGUAGCAGUUCAGAUGAAAGUGAUCAUUCAGACACCAGUUUGCACUUGGGGUUGUCAUCAGAGUACAACCGCAAGAGGAAACUGGCUAAAAUGGAACCUACUUCCAAUGAGUCGGGGAGUCAACUGGCCUCAGAGUGAAGGGACUCCCUUUAUAUUUUAGUUAUUUUCAUACGUUUUCCCUUUUUUUUUAAUUUUUUUUUUUAGUUACUUUUAGCAGCUAAUGAACUCUUUGGAAACUAGAAAUAGAUGCAGUUUUUGUUAUUUGAAUUCAGGAGUAAUAUGGAAAUAAUCCAAAAUAUAUGCUAGAGUCAAUGUUCUAUGUA